UAUUGCAGUGACGUGGCUCUGUCAUGCAGUGUGACAUUAGUGAUUCUAGAGAGAUUGUAUUGCUGUUGCCAGGCAACGUGCUGACUAUGGAGGAUAAUUACGACGUUUAUUGUUGGAAAGUCAGUCAACCCAGCUUUUGCCGUGAGCUGCUAACCAGCUAGCUAAACAACAGCGACCCCCUCUUGAAAGACAGGUCUGACCACGGAACAGACAGAUGUAAACGUUCAGCUUUAGAUUCAAAACUAUUAAGGACCACAGAAGUAAAACAUGGAAUAGAUAAGGCGUACUAAAACUGCAUGAAAACGAUGUAGCAAGCUAACUUUAGCCAACUGCCUUGCACGAUAUUCCUCAAACCAUGGACUGUGACGGUUUGGAUGCGCAGGACGAUUCUCAAGAUUCAGGCUUGCACACCUUUAGUCACACACACAUGAGGAAAGCCUUUGGGCUUAUGAAUGAUUUGAGAAGCCGAAGGAUGCUUUGUGAUGUCCUGCUGGUUGCGGGAGAAGUGGAGGUACCAGCACACAGAGUAGUUCUUGCCUCCUGCAGUCCGUACUUCUGCGCAAUGUUUACAGGUGACAUGAGUGAGAGCAAAGCUCACCUUAUCGAGAUCAGGGAUGUUGAUGGAGAGACACUUGUGAAGCUGGUGAAUUAUAUUUACACCGCAGAGAUUGAAGUGUCUGAGGAUAAUGUUCAGGUGCUGCUCCCAGCUGCCUGCCUGCUGCAGUUGAUGGAUGUUCAGCAGGUUUGUUGUGACUUCCUGCAGGCCCAACUCCAUCCCACCAACUGCCUGGGCAUCCGAGCAUUUGCUGACCUUCAUGCCUGCACAGGACUGCUCAGCCUAGCCCAUGCUUAUGCGGAGCAGCACUUCACAGAUGUCAUGCUGGGUGAGGAGUUCAUGGCCCUAUCCUUGCAGCAGGUGUGGAGUCUGAUCUCCAGUGACAAACUGACUGUGUCCACUGAAGAGAAGGUUUUUGAGGCCAUGAUUGCGUGGAUAAAGCACAAUAAAGAGGCCCGUUUUGAGUACAUGCCAAAGCUAAUGGAACAUGUUCGACUGCCUCUGCUGUCCAGAGAUUACCUUGUUCAGAUUGUAGAGGAGGAGCCCUUAAUAAAAAACAACAACACUUGUAAGGAUUUUCUUAUUGAGGCGAUGAAGUACCACCUUUUACCUACAGACCAGCGGCAUCUUAUAAAGACUGACAGAACACGACCACGCACACCCGUCAGUCUGCCAAAGGUGAUGAUGGUGGUAGGGGGUCAGGCUCCUAAAGCCAUCCGAAGUGUGGAGUGUUAUGACUUCCAGGAAGAUCGCUGGUACCAGGUGGCCGACUUACCCUCCAGACGCUGUCGAGCAGGUGUGGUGAAUAUGGCUGGCAAGGUGUAUGCAGUGGGGGGGUUUAACGGGUCUCUGCGUGUGCGGACAGUGGACGUGUAUGAUGGGUCGAAGGAUCAGUGGAGCUCUGUCCCCAGCAUGCAGGAGCGUCGCAGCACUUUGGGUGCAGCUGUACUGGGGGACCUCCUGAUUGCUGUCGGAGGAUUUGAUGGAAGUACAGGCUUGUCGUCAGUGGAGGCAUAUAACCCCAAGACUAAUGAGUGGAUGUUUGUGGCUCCCAUGAACACCAGGCGCAGCAGUGUUGGGGUGGGCAUUGUUGAUGGGAAGCUCUAUGCUGUUGGAGGUUAUGAUGGAGCAUCUCGCCAUUGUUUGAGUACUGUAGAAGUGUAUAACCCAGCCAGUAAUAAAUGGUGCUAUGUGGCAGACAUGAGCACCAGACGUAGUGGAGCAGGUGUUGGAGUGCUUAAUGGACAGCUCUAUGCUGCAGGUGGGCAUGAUGGUCCUAUGGUGAGAAAAAGUGUUGAGGUCUAUGACCCCAACUCUAACACCUGGGGACCAGUGUGUGAAAUGAACAUGUGCCGGAGGAACGCAGGGGUGUGUGCAAUAAACGGGUUACUGUAUGUGAUCGGAGGAGACGAUGGGUCAUGCAACCUUUCCUCUGUAGAGCACUAUGACCCGACAACUGAUAAAUGGAGUCUCAUACCCACUAACAUGAGCAAUGGCCGCAGCUACGCAGGUGUGUCAGUCAUUGACAAACCAUUAUGACUAAAAGUCCUGAGCAGCAGGUCUCCCCUGACUGUCGAGGGAUCAGCUGUGACAGACGGACAGAGAUUUAAGGCAGAAUCCAGAUGCUGAUGGAGCUCUGUAGGACCUUUCUACCUUGCUCACUAUCCUCUGGAUCCAAGUGAAACUGCUUAAAGCUCAUCUCAAAACCUGACUGCCUCGCACACAAACAACAAGCCAUGACAUCUCCCAGUCUCCAGAAAGUGCCAUUUAGCUCUGUUUUUUUUAAAUGAGCCCUCAUAUAAAGUGGCCUAGUUGGACUAAAUCUGUCUGGAAGAAACAGUUCACUGUGCGGACUGAUUGGCGUGGGAAAAUUAAGUGGUAGUGUAUGUGCAGGUGAAGACUGUGCCAUCAGAGGGCCCUGAUUUACACUGAUUUACUUACAUUGACAGUUCCAUACACAGGUUAAACAUGAUCAUAUAAUGCAGUGCCAGUCUUUGGUUAUUCUGGUUUUAGCUUGAUCUCUUAGAAGAUAUGAAGCAAAUGUAUAUCAAGGCAUAUCCCUUAAACUGGAUCAGGACUUACUCUGCACUCUCACAAAGGGAUCUUGCUCCAAGUGUAUAUUACUAACUUCAGACUUUUGGUUACAGGGUAACUUAUUUUACAUUUGUAUUAAAAGUAUUAUGGGAACAAGACUGUAAAGAACUGAACACUAGUCUGAAAGUUGUUUUAACCAGCUGCUUUUGUGCCAUAAUGUAUGUAAUAUUGAUUUUGUUUCAACUGGUAAACAGGAACACCAUAUAAAUCUCACAGGGUAAUGUGCCAAAUGUAACAAUCAUAUGCAUAAUACUGUAUGUUAGUUACUUGUAUAUAAGCACUUUUCAUGAUGCAAUUUUGUUGUGAAAUAGUCCAUGUUGGACAUACAGAGCCUAAACAUGCUGAUUAAGAUAUGUCUUUUAACUAGGGCUGAAAUGACAACGUCGCCAACAUUUUUCGUUGUCGAAUAGUUAUUUGAUCUCAUUUAACAUAACAUGAGAUCACCUUAAACUCUAAUGAUGACACGCGAGAGCAGCACUACAGUUUGCACCUGACUGAGGAAAGGAAGAAUUACACAGCUCACAGUCCAGAUGCACUCUAAACUUUCCAAACUGCUUCAGGUGAUGUAGAUUGCAAAGUUUGAAGGAAUUAUAAUGCAAAAAAGGGAAUACAGAAGCACUCUCGUGAAAUAAGAAGAUACUGAGCUCUUUAAAGGAAACACUGCAUUACAUCUUAAAUGCAGUUAUAUUUAAUGCGUUAUAGCUUUACUAAUGUUCAAAUAAUACAGAAGCAGAUCAUGUAAAUAAAUACAAACUCAGAAACUGUAAUUUCUCUGUGCUGUCAGCGCCUCUUCUAUGAGCUGCGCGAAUGUCCCGAUAUAAGAGGGGAGAGAUUGAAACUACACCCAACAGGAUACUCAUCCCUUGAGAGCGCACGCUUAAUGCAACAAGAUUGUAACGUGAUGGCUCGUGACUUAUUGAAUCAUAAUAUAUGUCACUGUGCAUUUCUUAUCAUGCCAUUACAUACUGAAACAAAAUAAUUUUUUUAUUUGUUUUGGCUUAUUUUCCAAUAUGUAAACUUUAAAACAACAUAUUUUUACUUUAGCAGCUACAGUAUACUGCAGAAGAAAAAAAAUUGUUAUCUGAGAAUGUUGAAUAUAAUAUUAAAAAUACAAAUAUUAAAAAAUAUCUAAAAAUCCUUUAAAAAAAGAUGCAUUCACCUGGGAAGCAGCAUAUAAGAUAUAUAUACUUGCUUUUAGAGAAUAGAUCUUGAAUAUAAGUAUAUUUUGUUUUUACUGCCCUCGCAGAAGUACUACCAAGUGAAAAAAUACACAUCCUGUAUAUUUAAGAUGCAUUCUCUUAAAGCAAGUCUAAAUAUCUUAUAUGCUGUUUCUCAAGAAAACGUAUCUUGUUUUAAGGAUUUUUAGACUAUUUUAAAUGGAAAACAAGACAAAAACAAUUGAUAACAUUUUUUUUUACUGAAUUAAAUGUAAUAAAAAGUGUUUUUUCCCUUUUUAUUCAGUGAAUGUCAUUGUCCAUAGAGGCAAUUUUAAAAGAUGCUUUUUUUUUUCUCCAUCAUUGUUAGUAAGCACGUUUAAUACAACAUUUUAAGUUGGGGAUCAAGCUGAAUAAUUGGUUAAGAGCUAUUGAUUAAUCUUUGCAAUAAUAGCAGAAUAAUCGUUAGUUGCAUUCUUAUUUUUAACAUCACUAUCUCUAUAGAUAGUCUCUAUAAUUUAUUAAUUUUCAUUAAAAUAGCACUGGCUUGAAUAUCUCAUCCAAACAUAAACAGAAUCUUUGGUUAAAUGUAACUACAAUGUAUAUCUUAUUAAUCAGAGUGCAGGUAAACACCAAGACGGCACAGGUUAAUAUUUUUCUAAACACAAUUUAUUUCAAGCACACUAUCCUGGCAUGGGCUAGUAGUUCAUUGGAUAUUUGAAUCUAUAUGUUUCAACAAAACUGACUUAUUUCCUAAAGGACUAUUCCAGGUGCAAUACAAGUUAAGCUCAGUUGACAGCAUUUGUGGCAUAAUGUUGAUUACCACAAGAGUAAAUUUCAACUUAGGUUACAGUGAGGCGCUUACAAUGGAAGUGAAUGGGAACAAUUUCUGGAGAAUUUAAAAGGCUGAACUGUUAAGCUUAUAAUUUUAUAAAAGCACUUUCGUUAAUUAUUCUGUUGAAACUUGUGUAUUAUCUGAGCUGUAUAGUUUAAAUUGACAUUUUUGUGGCAGACUACUGUGCUAGGCGAAUUAAGUUCUAUUUAUUGGUCACCGAUGUUACGUUUUCAUUGCAACAAAGCUGUAAAAUUGGAUAUCAUUUUACACAGGUAAGCUACACGAUUUUAUCACACUAAAAUCAUGUUAACAUGCAUAUUUUUUACGUCUUGUGGCUUUACAUUUAAAUACAGUGAGUUUUUAAAUGUUUACGGAUUGGCUUCUUUCACUUCCAUUGUAAGUGCCUCACUGAAACACAGACUUUUGCUAAAUAAAUAAAAAUAAGAAAAGGAGAGAUGCCAAGAUUAAUUUUUGAGGUAAUCAACAUAAUGCCGUAAAUGCUGUCGAUUGAGUUUAACUUGUAUUGAAGUUACAGAAUAUUUAUUUAAAUAAUAUUAAGCCAGUCCUAAACAUGUUCAUUACGCUUUUCUCAUCUGAGAGUAAUGGGCUUAUUCUCGGUGCAGAACUUUGUUUACAAAACAGAUAAUUGUGAAGUGAAAUGCAAAAUGAACACGUGUUGUUGGUAAUGUGUCAGAUUCUAUCACUGAUAAAACAUCAGUCCGUUUACUUUCCAAACAUGCGUAGCUAUAACAAAUUAUUUGACAUUGACUUCCCUAAACUGCUGCCUCCUAUUAUGUAUUAAUGCUAUUGAUAUUACAGUCAUACUAUGCAGGAAAACAUUCCUUUAUAAGGUUUUGAAGAAUAAUGUUUCCAGCAACUCUUGAGUUUAUAGUGUGCUGGUAUAACCGCUGCCGUUAAUGUCUUUAUAAAUCAUGAUCCACAACUCUUGUUAAACUGUUACGAGAUUCCAAUGUGGUGUGUCUUCUAUGAAGUAUGCACAAAUGUGGUUUGUGAAAAUAAAGCAUUACUGUAUUUCUA